AAAAAAAACUGUGUGUGUGUGUGUGUGUGUGUGUGUUGCGCAGAUCUCGCGAUAGUGUUGCGGUCGCUCAGCGGCAGUCACUAGUGCAGCAGGGCUGGGGGAGACGGAGAGAGAAGGUAAGCGGGGAGGCUGCAUCAUGGCGGAUAGAGACAGUGGAAGUGAGCACGGUGGAUUCGCCACAGGCCCCGGCGCCAGCCCAGCUCACCCGGGUGCGAUGGGCGCAGCAUCGCGGCUCCAGCACGACACGGAGGAGCUCGCGUCGAAGCGGGUUGACAUCCAAAACAAACGCUUCUAUCUGGAUGUGAAGCAGAACCCCAAAGGCCGCUUUCUGAAGAUAGCAGAGGUCGGGGCCGGGGGAAACAAGAGCCGCCUGACUCUCUCCAUGUCGGUGGCCGUGGAGUUCCGCGACUAUCUGGGAGACUUCAUCGAGCACUACGCCCAGCUGGGCCCCAGCAACCCUGACGUGGUGCAGGAUGAGCCCAGGAGGGCGCUUAAGAGCGAGUUCCUGGUGCGGGAGAAUCGGAAGUACUACAUGGAUCUGAAGGAGAACCAGAGGGGGAGGUUUCUGAGGAUCCGACAGACCGUGAAUCGGGGGCCCGGAUUGGGAUCGUCGCAAGGCCAGACCAUCGCUCUUCCAGCUCAAGGACUCAUCGAGUUCCGCGACGCGUUGGCCAAACUCAUCGACGACUUUGGCGUGGACGAGGACCCCGCGGAGCUGCCGGAGGGCACCUCAUUGACAGUGGACAACAAGCGCUUCUUCUUCGACGUGGGCUCCAACAAGUACGGAGUGUUCAUGCGGGUCAGCGAAGUGAAGCCCACCUACCGCAACUCCAUCACGGUGCCCUGCAAAGUGUGGUCGAAAUUCGGCGCGACGUUCUGCAAAUACGCCGACGAGAUGAAAAAGAUCCAGGAGAGGAGCAGGGAGAGAAGGGCGCGAGAGAUGCUACCGGAGGGCCUGCACGGAGACGACGGGGACGAGGAUUAAUGGAUAUGUUGACACGCGUGCCCGACAUUGAAACGAGACAUGAAUAUCAGACGUUACUGUAAUGCGAGAUGUGAGACAGAUCGCUCUACACACAACCCUCACAAACUUUAACAGUUGCAUCUCUUCACCCAUCGCCAGAUGUUACCCACUUACCAACCAUUUAACAGUAAGACGCUGCUAUCGAUAACGUGAUGUAGUCCGGGAGUGUGUGUUUCCCUCUUUACCCAUGUGUUUGACACAUCCAAGCUAUUAUAGCACUAUUUCCAAAGGUGCAAAUUGAAAAGAGAAAACGCGAAAUUAAUAAUUAGUGCUCACUUUUGACUUCCAGCACAAAAGCUAUAUUAUAAGGUUCAAAAUGCAAGCGAACAUCUGAAGUAAAAGUACAGUGAUGAUGAGGGAGUGCUGCUGUCAAUAUGUCAACAUGCACUACGUCAUUCUGUAAAAGCGGAGGUCACCCCUUCUUGUUCGACUUGUUAAAUGCAUAUGAGGAAAAUCUAGAUAUGUUGUUUACUCGUUUGCUUUUAACUAUGUACACAAAGCAAAUUAGUUUGUUUGCACGCGUCAUGCAAUGUGUGCUUCAGCCGGGGCGCGUGUGGCAUUGCUAUAACGACCGUUUGACGUUUGUUCCUGUUAAAUACGAACCCUGUUGCACCAUGCCCGCUGACAUCUGGGCAAACAGUUUCAUUGAAGUGCUAACUUAGAUAUACAAACCAUGAUUUUGUGAAUCAGAUGUACUUAGAUCCUUAUGAAAUUACCCACGUUUUCUGUGGGAAUUUUCUUUCUUUUGUUGUUGGGACGGGAUGGGUCUAUUUGGGAGGGGGGACUCAUAAAAGGAGCUGUCCACUAACGCGGCGCGGAUGCAUGUGAGCCCGCGCGGAGCAUCCUCUACAACGUCAAAAACAACUCUGGUGCCUUAUUGUCCACACGUUUACAUGCUUUACGUGUCCGAUAUUUUUUCCCGAUCGCUGCUGGUCUUUCUUUGUUGUUUGGAGUCACAACGGCGUUGUUGCUGUGCCACUUGUGGUACUUAUUUAAAUGACUUCUUCAACAAGCCAAUCAAAGAAAGAGGCGCGAAAGGUUCUCCGUCCCUCACGUCAUCGGGAAAAGUCCGACGAUGAUUAUGUCAUAAUCGUAAACAUGGAUGUUGUCACCUAAAGGCGGUGGAGGUCUGCUCCUCGUGCUCCGCGUAAAAAAAUAACACUGAUGUAAAAAAAAAAAAAAAAAAAAUUAUUAAAAAGCUGCGCGUUAAGGCCCAAACAUACUUUCUACGCAAGUACGUGAAUGUAGACGCAUCUUGCUACGCAAGCUCGAUUUCAUGCAUCGGUGCAUUUUGAAACGUGUCAGCUCUCAGUUCAUAACCCAACGCAAGUUCGCGCUGCAUUCUCUGUGUUGCCGCAAGGGGCGCUACAGCGGAUUUUAUCUUUCAAUCAACAACUGUCAUGGCGGACUCGCGCAGCAAUUUGAGUUGAGUCUUUUCGAAAAAUAUAUACAACUUUUUGUCCCCAGUCCAUUCAUAUGAACUGUGUCUCUCCCGACUCAUCUACCACAUCCAGUUUCGUGGUCACGCCUAAAAAAAUCAAUUGCCCCCUUGUGGUCCAAAGUGUGUAACCACCAGAGCAACGCAAGAGCUUAUGUAAUGUAUGUACAACGGGACUGCGUUUGCAUACUUGCGUGAAGUAUGUUUUGGCCUUUAAGGUUGUCUCCUGCUACAGCCCAGCAUUAUGCUAAUGUGGGGCUUUAUUAGUAGACUAAUGGCUCAGGCAGUAGCCUGUAUGAUUUUUGUAUGGUGCUAAUAUUCCCAUUCGUGGGAUUUUCUUAAUUAUCAUUUGCUAAAUUAGUUUUAUUGUCAACCUCGUCACAUUGCACCUUGAGAUUUUACUUUACUCACUAAAGUUACAGCUAACAAUUCCGUAUCGUGUGCAAUAUAUUGUAGGCUGCGUGCCAAUGGCGGCAUUUUGUAUCUGUGUGGAUACUAGUCCUCUCAUAAUAUAAGCUCAUUUAUAUUAUUUCUAAGAACUAAAACUGCAUAUGAGGUUUUAAAAAAGCUGACUAACCAUUCUAGGGAGUGUCAAACUGCCUGAGUCAAAGUUGAAGGUUCAUUAUUGUAACCUAACCGUCACCGCAAAAGCGACACGGCGGGAAAUCUCUCCGGCAAUCAGGUACAUCCCUUCUGUGUGACGUAGUCAGUCAGUCACAUCAAAUUUCCGUUUCAAGCUUGGCGGUUUGAGUAUUUUAAUACUCAGUUGCUAAUCAGUUUUUUAUUAUAUCUUUUUAGCCAAUGUUUAAUGCACAGUGCUUCAGUUAUUUAGAUAUGUGCAUAAAUAUUUGAUAAAAAAAUAUUUGAAGAAUGUUGUUAGAAAAAAGUUAUAUUAAAAUAGUCUUAUCUUGACAUAAACCAGCUGACUAGUGUUACUAAGAUUUGAGGUGAAAAGUCUGUUGCUGUUUCUCAGACCCCAAAAAUGCAAAUAUUCAGUAGUUUCUGCUUGAAUACAUGGAGUUUUGCAUGAAUGAGGCCAGUCUUACACCUUUAUAUAUAGUAAAGCCACCAGCCUACAGACAGUUUGGGGUUUCUGGUCACUGAUCCCCAUGCUAAAGGCCUAUUUCAUGCUAAGCACAUGAGAACAUGAGGAAGUCAUAAAAUCUAGUGAUCAAGGCGGUCAUUAUUUCUGCAUGUUUGGUCUCUUGUUUACCACUGCACAAUAUUAAACACAUACAUUGGCACUUUGUCUUACUUGAUACGACCUUACUCUAUAACCCCUACGUUGAUCUCUAUUGGUUAGGCCUAUUCACCUUAUUCAGCCCCGCCCCUUUUCCGCAAUCCACUCUUUCACAUUUUGUCAUCUAACUUCCUGUUUGUAUUGAAGCUACUGAGUAGUCGAUUUAAAAUGGAUUGUAUGUGGGAGCACAGAAAGUAUUUUUCACUAAGAGUUGAUGGUGUAAGUCUACAGCACCCCAUUACUACGUGAAAAUUCUAGUGAGGUGUUUUUUCUGUAACUCUAAAUGUUUUUCCGACACCCGCUGAGGUAAAUUGGACCUGCAGAUCACAUUCAGACAGCUAUAACACACUGCACUUUUUCAUGAUACAAGCGUUAAAUUGUUAUAUGUGUAAUUCUGCUUAAUUUUUAGGUAUCAACUUAAUAAUUUGUGUUAAAAUGUGUAGUAGACAUGAAAUUUCAAACAGUGAGAGUUCAUAUUAUUUCACAUGCAAGUUCAUAACGUUAAAGUAAAUUACAAUUGCACUUUUUAAAAUUAAUUUGUCACCCUACAUUUUUAAGAGGCUUAAAUGUGACUAAAAUGGCUGUAAAUGAAAUAUAAAAUAGAACAUACACUUUCACAUGUAUAUGUGUGUAUAUAAAUAUAGUAGCACCCCUUCCCCUAUCCCGGUUUAACGCUCAAAAAAUCUGCUUACCUUAACUAUAACGCGAUGAUUGAAUGACAUGAGAAGAUGGCCAGAUGUGUUUUACAGAGAUAUUUUUAAUGACUUUGUGUUGUCUCCUGGAGUAUCAUGAGCACAGAUGCAUAUAAGUACGUCCACAGCUUGAAGGUAGUUUUAUGAAUGAAGUUCUCUUGUUUAAAUCUCCCCACAUCCCCUGAACACUUUAAAAUACUCAAGAUAGCUUUUGACAACUCUAUAACCCAUAAAUCCACUUCGCUAGCUAAUUUGACUUUGACAUCCACGCCAUAGAUAUCCAUCUAGAAAACGCUAAACUGGAAGUUGCGAGACAAAAUGUACAAGAUGGCUGCACACUAGUUUCUGUGGCGGAUAAGGUGAAUAUUGCAGCUCCUCAAGACUGAAUCUGAAACUGUGUACUACUCUUGUAGGGGCUAUUUUAAGUAUUUAUACACUUCUUUUCUAUUAUUAUUAUUAUUAUUUAGUUUCCUCUUGAGACCGGUAAGCAAAUCUUUUCCUAUCACUGCCCAGAUCAGAUAAAAAAACUGUUCAAUGUGUUCCACAGUAUGCGAUGACUUGUAUCAUAUAGAAUAUAAAACGUGACUAGAAAUUAAAACUGGAAAUAACAUUUAAGCCUUUUUGAUCUCGAAAAGGGUGUUUUCUAGAGCAAUACAAAUCUGAAACACUCCCUCAAGCAUUUACACAAAAAACAUUGUUUUGCUCUUCAAUAAACCCCUUAAUCAAAUACGCACAUGCCUUUUAAAAUUCAAGUUUUGUUUUAAAAGUCAAUUCUAAAGGUGCUAUUGCGUACUAAAUGUCUUUGAACUAGCUCAACUAGGACCUUAUUCAUAGUAGCGCCAUCUUUAAUUUUUGAUGGUAAUGACAACGAGGUUGUGAGGGAUAGACAAACAGUCUCUUCAAUGGGUUGUAAUGUUGUUUAAAGUGUUUUGGAUCAAUCCAUUGAAAAAAUGCAAAACAUUUUUAGUUGACAUAAAAAAUCCAGAAAACAUGAGUUGCGGAAAAUUAGAUGUGAUUUAGGAGCUUUAUACACUGCAUCCCAUUGAAGAGACUAUAAGUCUUUCACUCACAGCCUUUUUUAAAUUCAUGUCAAACAUCAAAGAUGGCGCUACUGUGAAUAAGGUCUAUUCCUAUCUAGGUGGCAGUGUUCUGCCAAGACUUUCUCAUAAUGUCUUUCUUUAUAGAAUUUGAGCUCUCCACCAGCAAAGUUACGCCUUUGCUUUCAGACCACAGAUUAGUAUUGGUUUGAUGCACAACAGGCUGUGGGAAGAAAACCUGUUGGAUGGUACUGUGACUCUGAGCUGGAUUGGCAGAGCUAUUUCAGUCAACUCCUUCAAUUAGAGGAGCUGAUUCCAAUGUCACCUGCAUUUAUGAGCAGAAAGUGCAUUUCUGAACAAAUGGGACUGCGCAAACAUAUCCGCAGUUUCCAUUUCCAGCAGAAACAACCUGGAACCAGUAAAAAAAAUAAAAAAAUAAAAAAAAUAAAAAUAAAUGACAAGCUACCAUUUUAACUUUAUCUACAUCUUAAUCUCCUAAUUACAAUAGAUUGUAUGUGCGCGUGUCUGAUAAUUAUACAUUUCCCCAUCCCUGUUAAACUAUGGCCAGUCACAGACUUUGGUUAGUUCUCAUACGUCACGAUUCUUCGGUCUCACAAGCUCAAGGCUUUGACCAGCUUAGCAUGUAACUGUGAGCAUAUGUGAGAGUUUUGCGUACUAAGCAGACUGUCCAGGAGUUGUUUGGGAUGGGGUUUCUGCAUCAAGGGUCAAUGCACAAGGAGGGUAUUCACAUAUCCCACCAACCAUCUCCUUUUUAUUCCCUAUCAAAUGUGUUGUACUUAAAAAUAUAUAUGUAUGACCUGUGAUGUGUGUGUAUAUAUGGUUUGUUACAUAUGAUGCUCCUCUUUAUUAAAAAAGAUUGCAUAUAUAUAAAAUAUAUAUAUAAAUAUGUAUUUGUUUCCUAUAUAUAUUCCUAUAUACAUUUAGGAAAUAUAUAUAGGAGAAGCAUAUUGCUGUUUUUUCCUUUGUAUUUUAUACUUACAUAAAGCAUUGAAUCAAAUGGAUAAAAUACUUGCACUUUAAAUAUAUAAAGAAAAGAAAAAAAAUCAGCAUAUUAUUUUUGAUAGGUGACCUCACAUUCAAAGAGUAUAUAAUUACUUUUCAGGCUUUGUGACAAUUGCUGUUUGGCAGAAAACGAUGAAGUUCUUCUACAUAUUGAAGUCUAUUUUGUCUGUGUUACAGAAGGUUUACUGAAGUAAAUUGCAUGAUAACUAAGUAGUGCACCAACUGUUGUUUUCUUUAGUUGGUUAAAAUGUCUGAUGAAAAAAAAAAAUACUGUGAUGAUUAUUCUCAUGUGUGUACCCAUGCUAAAUUUAAGUCAUACAUUCUAAGGUAUUCUUGUUUGCCUUCCCUAUAACAUGAAUAUGGUGCUUAAAUUGGUUUAGAAAUCCAUCGUGUUCUACUCUUCAUCAUUGCCACAUCUAUCUUCCUCCUCUGCAUCCUAUGUUCAUUCCCUUGCUGUUUGCGUGUUCUCACGACUUUAUUCAAAUUUGCGUUCUUGGUAACAAGUGUGUUUUUGUACAGGUACGUAUGUUGUUUUUUGAGUUGGAAAGCCUUUCUGUCUGAAAAUGACUAAUUGCAAUAAAUCAUUCAUUCCUCCCUGGCAA